AUGGUGAACAUCCCAAAGACCAGGAAUACGUACUGCCGAAAGUGCAAGAAGCACACUCCUCACAAGGGCUCUCAGUACAAGACUGGCAAGGCUUCCCUGAGCGCCCAGGGAAAGCGUCGAUACGACAAAAAGCAGGCGGGCUUCGGUGGCCAAACCAAGCCCGUUUUCCACAAGAAGGCCAAGACCACCAAGAAGAUUGUGCUGAAGUUUGAGUGCACCAAGUGCAAGGCAAAGCGCAUGAAACCCAUCAAGCGAACCAAGCACUUUGAGCUGGGCACCGAUUCCAAGAAGGGCAAAAACGACUGUGUAACUUUGGACGCCAAGAUCGUUCUCGAAGUUUUGCCGAUGGCCAUGGCAUCUGCGCCCGCGCCCAAGAGGCCUGCCAGCUUGCGGAAACCCAAGGCCAAGGACCUCUCGAGCGAUGUGGCGUACUUUCUGCAGAAAGGCGACGAAUUGCGGAGGGAAGGCUCCUACCAGGAAGCCAUCGAGGUCUUGGACCGUGCCCUGCUGGUCGAGAAGAGCUCGCGCGCGCUCUCGGCAAGAGCCUCUGCCCGAAGAGCCUUGCUCCAGCGGGAGACGGCGCUGAAUGACUACAGCGCAGCCUUAAAGUUAGAUCCUACGGCUUCGGUCUAUCUCAGCAGCCGCGGUGUGGUGAAGUCGGAGCUCGGCUGGUACCGCGAUGCGGCGGAGGAUUUUCAGAAGGCCUUCAAACUGGAUCCCUCGGACAAAGUUGCCAAAUGGGGUCUGCAAUGGGUCAAGCAGCAGGAAAGCCAAGCGCCAUUGCGUGUGUUGUUGCUCAAUGGCUUUCAGCGCAUGAGUGCAAUGAACACCACCUAUGUAGAGCGCCGCACACCUGAAAACAUCAUCCUUGGCCGAGAGUCUUAUUGGUCCUUGGACAACCAGCAUGUGAUCUACUGGAGUAGCCAGGAGAGACGCUGGAAGGGCUGCCGUGCCGUGGAUGUACCGCGGAUCUCAUUGCAGGCUUCCCCCGGGUGCAUCGGUGCACCAGAGCGGUUGCAUAUUUUGUCACCCUCGCUGAAAGGGGGAUGGUUCGAGUGGAAUGGCCAGCAAUGGGAGAAGCUGCCCAUGUCUGGCGUCACCAGCUUCGGCCCGCUGCCGGCGCCCCUGCGCAUCAUCACCCUAAAGGGUUUCUGGCGGACGGCGGUGAAUACCAGCUUUGUGGAGCGUAGGCAGUUGGAAUUCUGCGUCAGUUGCCGUGAAACCUAUUGGUCAGUGGACGGAAGUUUGUUCAUCUAUUGGUGCCCCAAGGAAUCUCGUUGGCGAGGAAGUCGGAGCCAGGAUUUGUUGAAAGUCCAGCAGGGCGAAUCGGUGGCCCUCUUUGGAGCCCCCCGCAGCAGCGAUAUUUUAUCCCUCAAGACAGGGUGGCAUGAGCUGGUGAACAAAGAAUGGGUCAUGAACAAUGCAGGCGUUCAGAUCGAAGCAAAGUCCCUGCGAAAGCGCACCGUGACGCUGGUUGGCUUCUCCGUCGAGGAGGUCAACGGACAGUAUUGCGAGAACCGAGAGAAGGAGUUUAUGGUGAACAAUCGCGAGAUCUACUUCAAGCCAGGGCCCACCGCCGAGGAAGGGCAUUUCCUGUACUGGUCAAAGGUGGAGUCGAGGUGGAAAGGCACGGUCUCCAGCAACUUGCCCAAAAUACAGGCUGGCAAGCAGUCCGCCAUCAUCGGCGCUCCUCAACUGGCAGAUCUCUUUGACCCCGCCCUGCUGCGUGGCUGGCAUGAAUGGACUGGCGACGACUGGGUUUACCGCUCCAGUGCGGGGGUGGGUACCAUGGGCACCAUGCGCGAUGACCCCGUGACGAGCAAGACUGCUGUUAAGGCCUUGAAAGUGGACGCCAAGGCACGAAAGAGGAAACGUGACGAAGCUCCUCCGGCACCUGCAAAAAAACCUGGGACGAGCCGCGAACAGCUGAUCAAGGAGGUCUUCAAGCACUUUGAUGAAAACGGAGAUCAAAAACUGAAUGCUCAAGAGAUGUUGGCCUUCGCAAGCAGUGUGGGAUUUGACGGUAAUGCUGAAGAGUGGAAGGAGGAGUACCGGCUCAUUUGUGAAGGCCUUGGACGCACGGUGGAGCAAGCCAUUGAUGCUCAGUCCUUUCUGAGACUGGUGAACGAGGACACCGAUGAUGGAUGCUAUUGCUCGGACAAGGAGCUGGCGGGGAUGUUGGGACGAAGUUGGCCGUAA